UGAAUCAGAAAAAGUCUGCCCGCUGGCCACGGGUUUUUGGCCGAUCAUUCUCUUUUCCGUCGCCGGUUCGUACACAAAAAAAGCGUGUGAUUUGCUGAUCGUCGAUGAACUGACCAACCACUCACUUUCAUGGGGUAUCAGAAGCUUGCCCGAAACAAAAGCGCAGUCAUUUGUUUCUAUACCUAUCUCACCUUACCUUAAACUUGGCGCCGCGCCCUGGUUGCUUACAUACAUACUAGCAGGGUACGGUACAUUGCGGCGGGUACCAGGGUGUUGUCUAGUUUAUUCUUCUACAGUAGCCUGCCCGGGGCACUUGUCUUUUCUUUUCUUUUGUAGCUUCCGCACCUGCAUGCAUCCUGUGCCUUUUGCUUCUGUCUAUACCAAGCCCUUUCCUUCAUCAUUCUUGACAAAAACCACCACUACUCAUAAGGCCUCCUCAAGACUGUGGAAACCUGCCCUGUGAACAAGAUUCGGUUCUCCCUCCUCACAUAAUCGCCCGAGUUCUCACAGCGUGUUCGAGGAACAGCCCAUUCGAUACCCCCAGACACGGCAGGACCGCCUAUAUUACUCAUCAAUAUUCAUGCAGGCAAGCGACUGAACCCAAGAAUCGAGGCACCUUCUCAGUCGAGUCUUGUUUGAGCCGUUCUUCCCAACGCCACUCUUCCUGCAACGACUGCUACGAGCAGCCAUCUCCAGUGGCGUUGUCGUUCUGCAAGAACCCCACUGUCGAAACGGCCGUGGCUGGCCAUAAAACCCUUAGCCCCAAUACCGUUGCCGGCGCCGCUUUGACAGCGACCGAAACGACCGCAAUGAUGAACCGCACGUCGGUCGAAUCGAUCCAGACCGCAGAUUCUCUCGCCCGUGCCUUGUACCGGCGCGCGCGGCUGUCUGGUCCUGACUUCUCCGACAUUGCAACUGUGGUUCGAUCGCUGCAUACGUGCCUUAAGCACCUGCGCGUCGAGGCAGAAGAUCCAGACAGCUUGUUGAACACGACCCAGCAGGAGCACAGCGUCUACGCGCGCCAGCUUGGUCCCAUCGUUGAGGACUGCGACUUCACUUUGAAGCAGUUGGAUACUAUCUUGGAAAAGUAUGGCGGAAGCAGCGCCGAUACCCCUUCUGAGGAGGGUCCACACCGUGAUGGCUACAUUGUUGGCACUGCGGAUAGCCGCGAAAAGGACAUGAUCGCUUUGAUCAGGACCAAGCUUGCCAACCAAAAGACCAACAUCGACAUUUUCCUGGAUACGGUCCAACUGCACAACCCAGCCAAGGCGAGACAGCAGUUUGUGGACAACCCUCAGAGCCAACAGCUGGACUCUAUCAAGGAUAAAGUCGAUGCUAUAGCUGCCCGGCUUGCGCGGCGCCGGGUUGCGCACAUGAGCGCUGGCGAUAUGGAAGAAGAGGAGCUGUGGCAACAGUUUUCCACCGAGCUUGAGCGAGAAGGUUUCUCCAGCGAGGUUCUGAUGCGAAACAAGGAGGUUCUCCGAGCUUACAUCCGGGAAAUGGACUCCAACGGUCUCUUUGAUCAAGACCACCCGCCGUCAGUUCGAGGUCUUUUGCCUGCCGCGGAAGGUCCGAAUUCACGGGGACCACCCAUGUCAAUUACGCCUUAUCCAUCUGAUAAUCGCGACGCCAUGAGUCCCAAGGAAGUCAUCUCACCUCCGACGACUGCCAAUGAGAAGUUUCUACCAUCAGUCAAACUCAAUCGGGGGCCCCCUGACUAUGAUUCUGUGCAUGGUUCUCAGAAUGAAUACAGUCCCCAAAACGCCCACGGCGGCUUUUCAAACCAAAUGUCACCAAGAUCUCGGGCCCGUUCUCAAAGCCAACCGUCACAACCUCAGAGUGCACCACCGCACCAGACUAUACAUGCAACCCCAUACCCCUAUGACUCCCUGCAAUCCCCGACUCUCUAUGGCAAUGAUGGCCAGCAACGGGUCGAUUCUCAGCAGUAUCAAGCUCCCAUCGUGUAUAACCCCCCUCUUCCGGCCAAGAUACCACUUCGUCAGAAUUCAGGGUCGGAUUCUGGUGCUUCGGACUCAGAUUCUACCUACAGUGAUUCGAACAACUCGCUGGCUUUGAUAUCGACGCAGGAUCUGAUGCACCUUGACCACCGCAUGACAGCGAUGCAUCUUGGCCCUCCGCAACCUUCUCAUCUUCUCUUUUCACCUGGAACUUCGCCAAAUGCUCCUGGCGGCCGCUACUUGCCUGCUCCUCCAGUAGGGGACCAAUUACCCCCUGGUGUCCCAGGCAGCCCGUCCAGCCUUCCACCAUACAGCAGCCCAGCAUCCUCGGUGGCAGCAAUUACUAAGCCGCCGCCUCCGGCGUACGGCAGCUCCCCCAUGCAGAUGCCUGCCAUAGGUCAGCAGCAGCAGCAGCAGCAGCAACGGCAGUUCUCACGACUUCAGCCCGAUAGCCAUGGUAACGAGAUUCCCCUCGAGGCCACAUGGACCAAAAUUCGCCGCACGCUUGUUAGCCCCGAAGUGCUUGACAGAGCGGGCGUUCGGUACGAGGCUCGUCCCGACUUUGUCGCCAUCCUUGGGGUUCUUUCGCGUGAACAAAUUGCACAGUUUGCCCGCGAGAGCGAUGAGGUUCGCCGAGCAAGAUAUAGUGGUCAAAACUAUCCACCUCCUCGUUUUAUGCGCGAUGGAAGCAGUGGCAUACGUGACAAUGGUAUGCGGCAAAACCACCGGGACGACAAGUGGAGGUCUGGUUCGACGAGCGAAUCCGAUGACGUUUUGUGGGAUACCGACUCUUCGUCUGAUGAAGGAUCCCGCGAGAGAGAGCGACGACCUUAUGGCGGCCGCCCUUAUCGUGAAACCCCUGAGAAGGAAAGGCGCCGAGGCAGUGACGAAAUGGAGAGGAACACGAAUGAUGAAAAGACGGAUGACAAGGGUACAAAAGUCUAUCCCUUCGUGUUACCCAUGGCAGCGGCUGCUGCAGCAAAGGGUCUUGAUGGUAAAGCAACGCCAGCAAGCACAGUUCCGCCCAAGCCGAUACUGAAAAACAAGAAUGAAAAUCACGUCCGAUUCGACCGCGAGGGGCCUAUCGAGAUCUCACCCGAAGAUAUGUCGGCUGAUAAGAGACGACGGGAACAACAACGACGGGAGCGCGACCGUGACCGUGAAGCGUCGAGGGAACGUGACCGCGAUCGCGAUCGUGACAGAGAUAGAGAGCGGGAUCGUGAGAGGCGGCGAAGAGACCGCGACCGAGAACGUGACCGAGACGGGGAUCGUCGCGACUACUACUCGUACGGUUCUCGUCACGGCCACCACCGACACUCGAGCUCAAUGGAUGCCCGCCGCCACGGGCACCACUCUCAAGGCGCUGAGCCCAGCCGUGAUAGAGACUCUGCGCGUCGGGAGAAGAAAAAGGCCUGGGGCCAAACGCUGGGCGCCGCCGGUAUUGGUGGCGCCGCAGCUAGUCUGCUCAGCGUCCUUACCGAGGCGGCCACUGGAUUUUGAGGUGUCCGACACGACAAGUUCGGCCUGAAGUCCAUUGGCAGUCUUUAUUCACUGUUUCUUUUAGUCAUUUCUGGCAACUUUGUUCACACUUUCUCCAGAAGAGUUCUUUUUUGCAUAUACUGCCCCUUUUCUUUUCUUGUCAUUUUCCUCCGGAUUGCGAGUACUGUGUACUACUAGGAUUUUAUGGCAUGUACGCUAUCGCUGGGUAUGUUCAAGCAGCGCGGGAAGGCAGAGUAGCGUAGAUUUUACAUGAUACCCCUGAAGAGUGUUGAAAGAUUUUGACAUGCAGGAUGAAUAACUAGCCUGAAUUUGCAC